UCUCCCGGGCAUCCUCCCUGGGCUGCCGGGAGGCGGCGGCGGCGGGGGAGGAGGAGGGAAAAGGGGAGAAGGCGGAGAGCAGGAACGAGAGGAGGUGGACCUGGAUCCGUUUCUCUGGGCCAGGACUCGAGCGGCCCCAGCUACCGCUACCCGCCGGCGCCGUCCCCUAUCCAUCAACCCUCCUGCACCCAUCCGCGACCCUGGGCUCUCUGCGCGUCGGGCCGGGGCCGGAGCGGCGCGGCCGCAGACUGUCUGGCUUCCCCGCUAUGCCCAUGCUUUGCUAAGUGCUGGUGGCCAUCGAAGUUUUUGCAUCCUGGGGACGAAUCCUGAGCUGACCAGAGACGGACGGCGCAAGGUCCGGGCUCUGGUUCCCUGUGAGAAGCUGCCACGGCCCACCGAGAUGUCCAGGCACCACAGCCGCUUCGAAAGAGAUUACCGCAUAGGCUGGGACCGCCGUGAGUGGAGCGUCAAUGGGACCCACGGGGCCACCAGCGUCUGCAGCGUCACCUCCGGUGCUGGUGGCAGCACAGCCAGCAGUCUCAGCGCAAGACCUGGCCUCCUACCACUGCCUGUGGUACCCUCCCGGCUGCCCACACCCGCCACGGCUCCUGCUCCCUGCACGACCGGCAGCAGUGAAGCUAUCACCAGUCUUGUGGUCAGCUCGGCCUCCGCAGCCACCACCAAGGCUCCUGGCAUCUCCAAAGCUGAGAAUCAGUCUCAAGGACUCACGACCAGCAUCCGAUGGGGGCAGACGCCUGUCAAUCAGUCCACACCCUGGGACACUGAUGAGCCGCCCUCCAAACAGAUGAGGGAGAGCGACAAUCCAGGCACAGGGCCAUGGGUGACCACAGUGGCCGCUGGAAACCAGCCUUCCCUGAUCACACACUCCUAUGGAGUGACCCAGCCUCCCACCUUCAGUCCUGCUGUGAACGUCCAGGCCCCGGUCAUCGGGGUGACUCCCUCACUGCCUCCCCAUGUGGGACCCCAGCUCCCGCUGAUACCAGGCCACUACUCACUCCCACAGCCGCCCUCCCAACCGCUGAGCAGUGUGGUGGUGAACAUGCCUGCUCAGGCCCUGUAUGCCAGCCCUCAGCCCCUGGCAGUAUCCACUUUGCCUGGAGUAGGGCAGGUAUCCCGCCCAGGACCCACCGCUGUGGGCAACGGCCACAUGGCAGGGCCCCUGCUGCCUCCACCUCCACCAGCCCAGCCGUCCGCAGCUCUCCCCAGUAGUGUUCCUGCCACCAAUGGGCCGCCCACAACAGACUCGGCCCAUGGGCUACAAAUGCUUCGGACCAUUGGAGUGGGGAAGUAUGAGUUCACCGACCCAGGGCACCCUAAAGAAAUGUUGAAGGAAUUGAACCAGCAACGCAGAGCGAAAGCGUUUACAGACCUGAAAAUUGUUGUUGAAGGCAGAGAGUUUGAAGUCCACCAAAAUGUUCUAGCUUCCUGCAGCUUGUAUUUCAAGGACCUGAUUCAAAGGUCGGUGCAGGACAGCAGCCAGAGCAGCCGGGAGAAGCUGGAGCUGGUGCUCUCCAACCUGCAGGCUGAUGUCCUGGAGCUACUGCUAGAGUUUGUCUACACGGGGUCGCUGGUCAUCGACUCAGCCAAUGCCAAGACUCUACUCGAGGCGGCCAGCAAGUUCCAGUUUCACACCUUCUGCAAAGUCUGUGUGUCCUUUCUUGAGAAGCAGCUGACUGCCAGUAACUGUCUAGGAGUGCUGGCCAUGGCUGAGGCCAUGCAGUGCAGUGAGCUCUACCACAUGGCCAAGGCCUUCGCGCUGCAGAUCUUCCCCGAGGUGGCCGCCCAGGAGGAGAUCCUCAGCAUCUCUAAAGAUGACUUUAUUGCCUACGUCUCCAAUGACAGCCUCAAUACCAAGGCCGAGGAGCUGGUCUAUGAGACUGUCAUCAAGUGGAUCAAGAAGGACCCAGCAACACGUGCGCAGUAUGCAGCAGAGCUCCUGGCUGCCGUCCGCCUCCCGUUCAUCCACCCCAGCUAUCUGCUCAAUGUGGUGGACAACGAAGAGCUGAUCAAGUCAUCAGAAGCAUGUCGGGACCUGGUCAAUGAGGCUAAACGCUACCACAUGCUACCCCACGCCCGGCAGGAGAUGCAGACACCCCGAACCCGGCCCCGCCUCUCUGCAGGUGUGGCCGAGGUCAUCGUUUUGGUUGGGGGCCGUCAGAUGGUUGGGAUGACCCAGCGCUCACUGGUGGCUGUCACCUGCUGGAACCCACAGAACAACAAGUGGUACCCCUUGGCCUCGCUGCCUUUCUAUGACCGCGAGUUCUUCAGUGUAGUGAGUGCUGGGGACAACAUCUACCUCUCAGGUGGAAUGGAAUCAGGGGUGACGUUGGCUGAUGUCUGGUGCUACAUGUCCCUGUUGGAUAACUGGAACCUGGUCUCCAGAAUGACUGUCCCUCGUUGUCGCCACAAUAGUCUCGUCUAUGAUGGGAAGAUCUACACUCUUGGGGGACUUGGAGUGGCCGGCAACGUGGACCAUGUGGAGAGGUACGACACUAUCACUAACCAAUGGGAGGCAGUAGCCCCUCUGCCUAAGGCGGUACAUUCGGCAGCGGCCACUGUGUGUGGUGGCAAAAUCUACGUGUUUGGUGGCGUGAAUGAGGCAGGCCGAGCGGCAGGUGUCCUUCAGUCCUAUGUGCCACAGACCAACACGUGGAGCUUCAUUGAGUCCCCAAUGAUAGACAACAAAUAUGCACCUGCUGUCACCCUCAAUGGCUUUGUGUUCAUCCUGGGAGGAGCUUAUGCCAGAGCCACCACCAUCUACGACCCAGAAAAAGGCAACAUCAAGGCGGGGCCAAACAUGAAUCACUCUCGGCAGUUCUGCAGUGCCGUGGUGCUCGAUGGUAAAAUUUAUGCAACUGGAGGCAUUGUGAGCAGUGAGGGACCAGCCCUGGGCAACAUGGAAGCCUACGAGCCCACAACCAACACAUGGACCCUCUUACCCCACAUGCCCUGUCCUGUGUUCAGACACGGCUGUGUUGUGAUAAAAAAGUAUAUUCAAAGCGGCUGACGUCAGCAGAAAGCCCAAGACAAGUCUAUGGGACAAGUCCAGUGAGGCGAAUGCCACACAACAUGGUUAUCUUUCAACACCAACGAGAGGCCCACAAAACACAAUGGAGAAACUCACUGCGCUAACAUUUCGAAUAUUCUCUACAUUGAAUGUAGAAAAUCAUCCUCGCCUUUUGGGUGAAGCGGGGCACAGUGCUCCGGGCAGCAGGAACCUGGAAUGCACGGAGCCCGGGCUCGCAGGCCAGCGAGGCACUUGCUCUGAACAGAGGGCGCUCGCUCUGCCCGGUGCAAUAGUUUCACAUAUUUUUCAACUGGGAGAGAAGCUGUUUUUUUCCUUCUUGCAGAGCAAGCUUGAUCCCUAAACACCAUAGAUCAGUUAUCCUGUGACAAUUUGGGGCAUCACGCUCUUUUGGAAUAAGGUCAAAGUGUCCUUAUCACUUUGAUUCCUACUUUUGUUUUUUUUUUUUUUUUUUUUUUUUGUU